GGUCACAGCUGCCGUUUGAUGGCACUGAGCGCAGAGGGGGAAGCUAAGCUAAUAUCUGCUGAAUGGCUAACGUUAGCUAAACAGAGCCAGCGGAUAACGUUACCCUUUAGACGGGAUAGGUAACAAACCCGGCUGCCUCAUCACUGUGUGAAGCCUCUGUUGACCUUGACAUAUCCUUUGGGUAUUUUGCUUUAACUCGUUCAAGCUUUGCUUAAAAAAAAAAAAAAAAUCCGUACAGCCUUCUCUCAGCUGAGCUAACAGCCCGGAGAGCUAAUGCUAGCUGGAUCCCGUUAAAGGGAAGAUUCACCUUUUAAUGAUUCAUUCACUGUUUUUACCACGAGACCGUGCAGCCCGGCUUUGGUGUGAGAUACUCUGUCCUCUAAGCUGCGCAGAGACACACACUAUGAUGUUCAAAACAACAUGGUAGUUACCUCCACUUCUAACUGGCAAGCAAGAACAUCUGGUCAGAUCUGAGAGAACCCUUACUUCAUUCAGAGUCAAUAUUUAGUCGUUUGGCAUCAUUUCUGCUUCCAAGCAUGGACCCAUAACUUCCUGAGCCACCAGGAUACACUCUUACACUUUGCCUUCAGUUGUUGUGUGACAUAUUGUCAAGGGGAGUUCCACUGUACUACUGCGUGUUGCUGUACAAGCUUGUGAAGCCUCGUCAAGAUGUUUUCAGCGCUCAAGAAGCUGGUCGGAUCAGAGCCAGGGCAGCUCAGGGACAAGAACAUCCCGGCUGGCCUGCAGUCCAUGAACCAAAGUUUGCAGAGACGCUUCGCCAAAGGGGUCCAGUACAACAUGAAAAUAGUCAUCCGUGGGGAUAGAAACACUGGAAAGAGUACUUUAUGGCAUCGACUGCAGGGCAAGAAGUUUGUGGAAGAGUACCUACCCACUCAGGAGAUCCAAGCCACAAGUAUCCAUUGGAAUUACAAAACUACUGAUGAUGUGGUCAAGGUAGAGGUGUGGGACGUGGUAGACAAAGGCCAAAAAUAUCCUCUUCCUGAAGGUGUAGGCAAAGGCAAAAAGCGUGGAGACAAUUUGAAACUGGAAAACGAGCCCCAAGAGUCGGACGAGGUGGCCCUGGACGCAGAGUUCCUGGAUGUGUACAAGAACUGUAAUGGAGUCAUCAUGAUGUUUGACAUUACCAAGCAGUGGACCUUUAACUACAUCCUGAGGGAACUGCCUAAAGUACCCACCCAUGUGCCGGUGUGUGUGUUGGGAAACCACAGGGACAUGGGCGAACAUCGCGUCAUCCUCCCCGAUGAUAUAAGAGACCUGAUUGCUGGACUCAACAGACCAAUGGGAGCAUCUUACAUUCACUACGCCGAGUCCUCAAUGAAGAAUGGCUUCGGCCUGAAGUAUCUCCACAGGUUUUUCAACAUCCCCUUCCUGCAGCUACAGAGAGAGACGCUGCUAAGGCAGCUGGAGACCAACCAGCUGGAUAUGGAUGCCACCCUGGAGGAACUCUGCGUCCAGCAGGAGACUGAAGAUCAGAACUAUGAGAUUUUCCUGGAGAACUUGGAGUCUCGCAGUAAAGGCUAUGGCUCUCCUGGCCCAGCAAACGGUCAGAGUCCCUCCUCGGGCUCCCAGUCCCCCAUCGUGCCUCCCAGUGGAGCCUCCACAGGCAGCUCCAGCCCCAGCACCCCUCAGCCCCCCAUCCCCUCUCAGGUGCUCCCACAGUCACCAUCUGUGUCUGCUUCCUCCCCUCCACCACCGCAGACGGUGGUUAGUGUGGCAGCUUCACCUACAGUUGAGUCAAAGCAAUCAGCCCAGUCACCCGAACACCUUCAGUCCUCGACUGCAUCUGGUGCCUCAGCCCCACAGAAACGUGGCUUCAUCUCCCGCUGGUUUGGUUCAUCUCCUGCGGCUGAGGCUGCUGCUUCUGCACCAGAGGGCCCACCUGCACCAGUGUGUCCCACUAAGGUUCAGAGUGUAGACGAUUUUGUGCCAGAUGAGAGGCUGGAUAAAAGCUUCCUGGAGGACAGCCUGCCCUCCAAGACCAAGGUGCCUCAGUCUGCACCAGCUCUGGCUGUGGACAGCGACAGUGAUGGUGAAGACAGAGGGAACCCCAUGGUGUCUGGUUUCCAGGAUGAGCUCGAUCCUGACGACACUGAGCCCAGCCUUCCCCAGCCUAAGACCCUGCCCCUCAGUAAAGACAUCACACUGACCAGUGAUGAAGAGGAGGGAGUACUAGCAGCCCCUAAAGUCACUCUGGACCAAGACCUGGACAGUGAACCUGAGCUGAAAGCGCCUGUGAUCCACAUCACAAAACCAAAGGUGGCAUCUAAAGCUCCAGAGUCUAGAGGCCAGACCACAGCCCCCAUCUCCCUCACUUUAACUCCAACAGCAGAGCAGCCAGCCCGACACCAAGGCAAGAAGAAGGGAAACUCCCCCAAAGCUGAGGACUCCGAUACAGACCCUGAAGCCCCUGUAGCCCAGCAGAUGCUCUCGUUUGUCAUGGACGACCCCGACUUCGAGUCAGAGGCUUCAGACACACCGAAAAUAGUGAAGGAUACAUUCCCACUCAGAGAUGAGCUUCUGUCCGACCUCUCAGAUGAUGACCUGCAGUUAGCCAAGGUGCCAGAACCACUGAAGCCUACUCUGAUCUCCUUCAAACACAAGGACGACACUGACCUGUUUGGCCUAGGCUUCCAAGAAGAGGCUCCUGCAGCCAAAGACAGCAGUGAGGAGCAGGAAGAAAAAGAAAGCAAACACUCCUCCAAAGAAAAGAAGAAAAAAAAGAAGAAAAGCAAAGAGGAAGAUGAAAAGAGCAAGAAGAAACACAAACACAAGAAGAAGGAAAAGGAGGAAGCUGCAGCAGUCGACGAGAAAAAGAAAAAGAAAUCGCGGACCAAGAAAACGGAGGUGGACGAGUUGGAGGACUUUCUGGGCGGAGGAGCGGGAUUGGUUAAAAGAGACGACGGCGAUUAUGAAGAGCUAUAAAAGCUCCAGUUUUAUCAGGCGAAGGAGCCGCAGAACAGCAGCAAGGCGUGCGGUCGUUCAACAAACCUCCCGGUUCCUUGACUUGUGCAUAAAGCAGCAUCUCCAAGCCAUACGCAAUACACAAGGCUACCAACGACACCCAGGUAGAACACCAGGGACUCUGGUACCGGUAUGUUCCUUCUGAUUGAUUUCCCCCAUCUGCACUACUGCUGUCACUUCCAUUCCGACAUAUAAGAAACUCUGACCCACGUGUACUAUAGUGAGUCAUGACAUUAAAAUUUGAUGAUUGGUGUAGCCACAGAUCGGCUCUUUCUACUUUGACCUGAUAGAAUAUGUUGGCUGAUUAUUUUAUUUGAUACACUGCGAGUAAUCCACUCCAAGUCAGCUGCUGUAAAUAGGGGUUACCAUUUUGUCUGAAUGUUUGUUUGGUUGGUGUAAUAAUUGAGAGCAUGUUAAAAAUGAUGACUGACUCCUGAGAGACUCCAUGUUCCGUCUUUUCUUUCUUUCCUACGUGUUUGCUUAAGUGGUUAAUGAGAUUUAGUCUUUUGUCUCAAAUGUGGCCCAUGAUAACAAAGGAAAUAACUACUAUGUCGAACUACGUCCAUACUAAGCCGGGAAAAUAUGAAAACAUUUUGCUUUGUUUCGGCCUCCACGGUCUCGAAAUCCUCAGGGUUGACCAGGAAAACUAUGAAGUAAACGUGGCUGUGUGGCAGCAAAGUGAGGAGGAAAAUGUUCCCCUCUGACUCUGUGAUCACACAUUUUGACGUCAGUGUAGCCGAUGACACAAUGCACGGGUCAUCAUUAACCUGACUGAGGACAGAACGCAGAUUGAACCAGCUGUUUCUUGUUUGUUUGCUGGCAGAAAGAGGAUAAAGAAGGUGAGAUACAUGCUGAGUUUAGAACACGAUAGACACGAGAACAUCCCCUGUAUAGUGGAAGACAGCUGAUUUUUGACUUUGAUUUAUGUCACCUCAGCACAAAUGUGUCUGCCGCACGCCCUUUUUCUGCUGACUGAAGGAAAAAUAGUCGACCCUCACUACAGUGACCAUGGACUGUUCCUAGUUCUGUCCUGUUACGUAAACAUUUGUUGUUGGUGCUGCCACCUUACUGUACAUAACCAAGCAACCUCCAUUGUUGUGAAAUGAAGCCAAAAACUGCAGUUCAUCAAAUGUCCACUUGAGGCUGGCUAAAGAACAAGUCAGUCUCCAUAAGUCCCCAUGUUAAAACUUCACAGCAGAAAUAAACAUGUUUAUGGCCUGGUACAAAAAAAAAAAAAAAACGGGGUGAAUUUUUAUACCUGUUCAAAUUAUGUUAAGACUUAAAGUUAUGCAGACUUUGACUGACAAGCGUGUGCCGUUAACAGACAGCUUGUUUGAGGACCCAGAUAUCAUUCAGCCUGCCUCUAAUCCACCAAUGAUCCACGUCUUUACCGAUUUUUAGAUUAGCCAGGAGGCGGCAGAAGCAGGACUGCCAAGAUGGGAGACGUCACUGAUACAAUUUUCAGGUUUUAUGCAGCCUAUGUAUAUAACUCAAACUUGUACGGUAGCCCGUCAUGUCUCUCAGCCAAGUCACAAGAAUGUUUGAUUCUGACGACCUAAUAUGACAACAUAUUGUGUAAUCUGAUCCCAGCAUUAGCUAUUUUCCUGUUGUUUUGGUGCAACACUAACAUUUGAAAAUAAAUUAGAAAAUUAGCCGGCUCAGUGUGGACAUAGUCUUGGUUUGAAAGCCUGAAACAACAGCCACUAGUCCAGUGUUGGCUUUUGUUAUCGUCAUUGGUAAUGAAUUCAUCUACCGGUCAAAAAAAACUGUUACAAACUGUCACCUUCCUGCCCUGUUAGCACAAUAAAAAGAUCAAUUUACUGGCCCACCUAUCUCUGCUCAGCUCUUCAUGUUCUCUGCAACUGCCUUAAAGGAGGUUACUACAAGGGAAUGAUGUGCCGUUGUCCUCAUGAACCAUUUUUAAGUGUUCUUACUGUAAAGUGUUAGGUAGCUUGGUUGGGUUCAGACUGUUGUCCUGGUCUUUUAUUGGUGUAACAGAAUCUAGCCAUACCAUCUCUAAUCUAUACCAUCCUUAAUAAGAGUGCAGUGAAUCAGUACGUUAGUUUGUCUUUUGUUUUUUGUUUGAUUCUCAUUGGACAGCGACACCCCCUCCUUUAUAAAGGAGUAUUACUGAAUUUUGUUAAUAUAUCUCCGGAACAUUUCCAAGAUUUUUCUCAAUGUUUUAUCCUUGUGUUGUUAUUUAUUGCUUCUGUUUUGUUUUUGGUGCAGAAUAUCAGGAUUUUGUUUGUGUGAUUUGUGCUGAAAUUGUCCCUCGAUGGUCAAAAACUCUACGCAGCUUUUUAAUGGGUUUCCUAAUUUUCUCUAGUGAAACAUCCUCCGACGGUUUACUUCCACUGCUUUUAAGGACGUGUACGUGGUGAUAAUAUGAACUGCUAAACUUUUCUUGUUAUUUUCUUUUGUCCAACGCCUCAAAUUGCCUGCUCGUGGUAGACAGAGAUGACAAACAGUAUCUUCCAUAAAUCGCAUCACCAAAACGUUUUAAAUAAGUGAAGCUGUCUUGCAUUGAAGAGAAAUGUGUAUUUUUAGAGAUGUUUUGACAACUGGCAGAUUUCAUACAGUUUCCAUCUCCCAUACACACACACACACACACAGCUGUACUGUUGGUUUACAAAGAAAUUAUGUUUAAUAUUCCAAAGUUGAAACUAUGCAGCAUUGAUCCUGAAUACUGUAUGCUCUUUUUUGUCUUUGUCAUGUGAUUGAGGAUAAAUGCUGAAAGCACAGUUUCAAGCAAAGCAUGAAACUUAAAUGUACAGCAAGAAAAGAAUGUAUAAAGUAUAUAAAUGAAUCUAUAUAUGUGAAGUGCUUUGUUCCAAAAAUGACACCAUGUGGAAACAUAAUGUUGCUGAAGUUGACGGGAAAGAUCCAAAUUGUUGAACUCUGCUGUCUCAAUGAAGAGAAUGGGCGUGCAGACAUAGAAGCGCUCUUUCAGAUGGUUGCACAGCAUUUUGGAAUGAAACACUUCAUUUAUUUUUCACCCCAUGACAUGUUCCAUCUUUACACUAUGUGAGUUUGCCUAUGUUUGGUUUGUCCAAUAAAUGCAAACUUAUUUCUUCAUAA